AUGGAUAGAUUAUCACCCGAAUACAGAGCAGGAGUUAACGAUUUUAUCAAAGUUGCUACUCAAGAUGCACGGAGAAGGAAACUAAAGAAAAUCUUUUGUCCAUGUGAAAUAUGUGUUAACCAUUGUCGUAAAAUUGAAAGCGAAGUAAGAUAUGAUUUGCUCCGCUAUGGUAUUGACCAGAGCUAUACUUGUUGGACUAAACAUGGAGAGAAUCUUCAUGCUCCUCAUGCUAGUAGCUGUACUGUUAAUUUUGAAACUCAUACUUCUACAGAACAUGAGUUUGAAGAGGGGCCAUUGGGUGAUAUUCCAGACAGUACUAUAGAUGAUGCUCCAGAUUAUGUUGCAGAGGCAACAAAGAUGGUCGACGCGAUACUAGAGGACUUUCCAGGUGAUCGUAGAAAGUUUGAGAAGUUAAUAGAGGAUGCUAAGAAGCCUUUAUUUCCAGGAGACUCGAAACUUACCAAGCUGUCGGCAAUAAUCAAGCUGUACAACUUGAAAGCGAAGCAUGGAGUAUCAGACAAGUUUUUUGGUGAGCUUUUAGAUUUGUUGAAGAACGAGAUGCUUCCUGAUGGUAAUGAAAUUCCUUCUUCUACAUAUGAAGCUAAGAAAUCCAUUAAUCCGUUAGGGUUGAACUAUGUGAAGAUACAUGUAUGUCCUAAUGAUUGCAUACUAUAUAGGAAAGAUCAUGAAAACAAAGAAGUAUGCCCAACAUGUGGGGAAUCAAGAUGGAAAAAGGAUAAGAUAACAUUGAAGGAGUGCAAGGGGGUGCCUGUAAAGGUUUUGUGGUAUUUCCCGAUCAUUCCACGACUGAAACGUUUAUUUUUGGUGAAGUACAUAGCAAGAAAAUUGAUAUGGUAUGAUCGUGAUAGAAACAAAGAUGGGUUGCUGCGUCAUCCAGCAGAUGCUGAAGCAUGGAAGGCGAUUGAUGAAAGAUACCCUGAUUUUGCUGAGGAUCCUAGAAAUAUUCGCUUAGGAGUGUCAGCUGAUGGAGUGAAUCCAUUUCGUGGUAAGAAGAAAAGUUAUAGUUGCUGGCCUAUCCUAACAGUGGUUUACAACCUUCCCCCAUCGUUAUGCAUGAAGAGAAAAUUCAUGAUGCUUACAAUGUUAAUUCAAGGACCAAAAGAACCAGGCAAUGACAUCGACGUUUUUUUAGCUCCGUUUAUUGAUGAUCUGAAAUUAUUGUUUGAUGAAGGGGUCGAAGCGUAUGAUGCCUACAAACAAGAAAGGUUCACAUUAAGGGCUGUAGUUUUGUGGACAAUAAGUGACUAUCCUGCACUCGGCAAUUUGAGUGGCUGUACUGUUGGUGGAUAUGAUGCUUGUGCAACAUGUGGUGUGAAUACACACUCCACAUGGCUUAAGUACUCUAAAAAAGUUUCAUACACUGGUCAUAGAAAAUGGUUACCGUCUGGCCAUCGUUACAGAUAUCAAAUGAAGCCAUUUGAUGGCAAUCAAGAAUUCGGUGUGGCUCCUGAACCAGUGAGUGGGUUACAAAGGUUUGAAGAGGCGAAGUCAAUUGAAAAUGCAUGGGGAAAGAAAGGUAAUGGCGGUAGAACAUUGGGAAAAUCAACAAGGUCGGAGUUUGAGGACGAGGAUUCAUCUAAUCUGAAGAAAUUGUCAAUUUGGGAAAAAGAGCUUGAAUACUUCAAAUACAAUCUUGUCCAACAUAAUUUUGAUCUGAUGCAUAUAGAGAAGAAUGUGUGCGAGAGUUUAGUAGGGACAUUGCUUAAUGAUCCUUUAAAAACGAAAGAUGGUUAUAAAGCUCGCAUGGAUUUGAAUGAUUUGAAGAUAAGGCCUGAGUUAGAACCUGUUGUUGCAGGAAAAAGGAUGUAUCUUCCUCCUGCCUGCUACACAUUGACGAAAGAAGAGAAGGUGAAGUUUUGCAAAACAUUGUAUGAGUUGAAGGUUCCACAAGGGUACUGUUCUAAUUUUAGCAGUCUGGUGUCGCUAAAAGAUGGCAAGUUGAUUGGUCUCAAAUCACAUGACUACCAUGUUCUUAUGCAGCAAUUCUUGCCACUUGCGGUUAGAUCGAUUCUUCCAAAGAACGUAAGAAAUACCAUCAUUAGAUUGUCAUCCUUCUUCAGGUCAAUAUGCAAAAAAGAGAUUGAUAUUGUUGAAUUGGAUAAUAUACAAAGGGACCUGGUGGAGACAUUAUGCUUACUUGAGAAGUAUUUUCCACCGUCAUUCUUUACCAUCAUGAUUCAUCUCACCGUGCAUCUAGUCAGAGAAGUGAAAUUGUGUGGACCAGUCUUUACUCGAUGGAUGUAUCCAUUUGAGAGGUACAUGAAGAUUUUGAAGGGAUACAUUCGAAAUAAAAAUCGUGCUGAAGGUUGUAUUGUAAAUUGUAACGAGUUAGAGGAAUUUGUUGAGUUUGCUGCCGAUUGGUUAUCUGGCGUGGAAACAAUCGGUAUUCCUCCUUUAAAGUAUACUGGAGCUAGUUCUUCGGAGGGUUCAAGUAUAAUAUCAGAUGGAAAACCAUUACAAGGUGCUCAGGAGGAUGUGGUAGAUGGCGGCCCGCGUCAUUUAGUUGUAAAGUACAAUGGAUAUGACAUAAAUGGAUGCCGGUAUCGCACUAAAAUUCAUGAUGUUGGCGUAAACCAAAACUGUGGGGUUAGCCUGGAGGCGUCAGGAAUGCACAUUGCUAGUGCGAAGGACAGUAACCCAAAGAUUGCUACAUCGCGCUAUUAUGGAGUGAUAAAUGAGAUUUGGGUUCUUGAUUACCACUGCGUAAAGAUACCCGUGUUCUUGUGUGAUUGGGUACACAGUGGUUAUGGUGUCAAAACUGAUGAACUUGGUUACACACUAGUCGACCUCAACAGAUUAGGGCAUAAAAAGGAUCCUUUCAUUUUAGCUUCCCAAGCUAAUCAAGUUUUUUAUGUAGAAGAUCAAGGAGAUCCAAGGUGGUCUGUUGUUAUAUCAUGCCCUUUAAAUGACUAUAUGGAUGACGAUGAUGUCGAUGAAAUUGCUGAGGAUGAGCUAAUGUCUGAGAAUCGUCGGCCAGAAGAUAAUAUGGCAAUAGAUAUGAGCUCACUUUAUGUGGACGACGAUUCUGACACUUCUUAUUUUCGCGAUGAUGGUCAGGGGAUAUAUGUUGAUCCCUGCUUUGAACAAUAA